GCGCCGGCUGCGGAGGGGAACGCUUGGCUCUCCGGGACCGGCGCCUGCCGCGGUGCGGAUGCGUAUGGACGAAUCCUCGUGAAAACAGCUCCCGACGUUUUCCCCCACCCCCCCAAAAAAAAACCAAACCCAAACAAACCACCCACUUGGAUAAUUAAAACGGUUUUUGGCAGUAUCCAGUGUUGCUAAGGAUGAUUUAAUUCCUACUACCAGUCCUAUUCCCAGAGGUAGCUUCUCCAAGGUGGCUCCUGACAUAGGAAAUGGUAACUGCUACAGGUAAAGAUCGUCUUUAAAAGGGAACAUGGAUUUAAUAAACUCAACUGAACAAAACAUUACAUCAGAAGAACCUUUCAAAUGGGCAACAUCCAAGAUUCUCAUUUCCAUUACCCUGUCUGUGCUUGCUCUAAUGACAACGGCCAUCAAUUCUCUUGUGAUGACUGCAAUAAUUGUGACAAGAAAGCUCCACCACCCUGCCAACUAUCUAAUCUGCUCUCUUGCAGUGACUGACUUCCUUGUGGCAGUCCUGGUGAUGCCCUUCAGCAUUGUCUACAUUGUAAAGGAGACCUGGAUCAUGGGGCAGGUGGUGUGUGACAUUUGGCUGAGCGUGGACAUCACGUGCUGCACUUGUUCCAUCUUGCACCUCUCCGCCAUUGCUUUGGACCGGUACAGAGCGAUCACGGAUGCCGUGGAGUAUGCCCGGAAAAGGACACCUAAGCACGCUGGCAUCAUGAUAGCAGUUGUAUGGAUCAUAUCCAUCUUUAUCUCCAUGCCACCUUUGUUUUGGAGGCACCAGACAACCAGCAGGGAGGACGAAUGCAUCAUCAAACACGACCACAUUGUUUCCACCAUUUACUCCACGUUUGGCGCCUUCUACAUCCCGCUGGCCUUGAUCCUGAUCCUUUACUACAAGAUCUACAAAGCAGCAAAGACAUUUCACAGGAGAAGCGUCAGCCGGAUUGUGAGGGAGGAGGGUGUGAAUGGACAAGUCCUUUUGGACACAGGUGAAAGAAGCACCAAAUCAGCUUCAAUGCCCAGCACAACAGAGAAGACCUCAGAUCCCGUGGCGAGCUCUGAUAAAAUCAACAUCACCCUACGAAGCCCCAGGUCUGAAUCCAAGCAUGAGAAGUCCUGGAAAAAACAGAGAAUCUCCAGCACAAGAGAGCGAAAGGCAGCAACGACGUUGGGUUUGAUCUUGGGGGCAUUUGUGAUCUGCUGGCUCCCGUUUUUUGUAAAAGAAGUAGUUGUUAAUACCUGUGAAACAUGUCACAUCUCAGAAGACAUGUCUAAUUUCUUAGCAUGGCUGGGAUAUAUAAACUCCCUUAUUAACCCUUUAAUCUACACAAUCUUUAAUGAAGAUUUCAAGAAAGCCUUCCAGAAGCUUGUACGGUGUGGGCAAUACCUUUAAGAGCUUUUAUUCAUCUAAGGAGAACAUAGUCAUUGUUUUUUAACCUGUAUAAAUUUAUAUAACUGAGAUGGCAUUUGUUGUAUUUAAGGCAAAGCACCGGGACUCUGCAUUUACAUUAUAAUGACUUUUUUGUAUAGGAAAUAUUGGGAGCAUUAAUUGCCCAAGUUUUAAAGAGAUGGAUCAUCUGGGAUUGGUUUUGUUCUAGAAAAAGAGGUAUUAUAUUGUGGCUCUGAUCCAGUUGGGAUUUGCACAACUGCCUAGCUUGAAGCAUAAGGUAUUACCGUAAAUGUCAAGGAAAUACGCACUUAAAGUAAACAAAGAAGCAAAACUUUUUUAAAAGUAACCCUCAGUCAAUUAAAUGCUAAGUAAAACAACACACACUUUUAAACCCUACUGAUAUAAGAUAGAAAAUACACCAUGGAAUGACAACAUGAUUUUAACAGUCUGGCACAGGCCUGCAGCAUAGAGCCAAGUCAUUCACAGCCAAGGGUAGUAGCUUUAAAUAUAUCUACCAUCAUCCUAUGUCAGCCAGCUGAGUGAGCUGCAGCCCUGCCUUGUCCCAUGAAUGGACUUCCCUGUGUUACACAGCACCCCAGCAGCAGGCAAGGGGCUGGCAUGGGUUACCUGUUUCACAGCAAGCCAGUGUUGGGAACCCUCUGCCACUGCACACCCACAGCAGAUGUGAGCAUAACCCCAAGAGAAACAGCCAAAUAUCUGGGGCACCCUCAGUGAGCUGGGAACAGAGUACCCAGUGCUCUGAGAUACCCCUUCCGUGGGGAAGGGAAGGCUCAUAAAGGGCAGUUGAUUCUCCUUGUGGAGAUAUUAGAAAGGAAAGAAGCAGGAGACAAGGAGACACUCCUUCCUCCAUGUCCUCACACCUGGCCAGGCACAGAGCCUGUGACCUGCAGCACCAAACCAGCCACAGCUCAUGGCAGGGCAGAGCACUGCUGACAGAGGGUGGCUUAGUGAGGUUUGAAGAACUAGGGCUGACAGCUCUGGCUCAGCAUGUUCAGCUCUCCAUCCUCAAAGCCUGAUUCCCCUGAGCCCCAAGUACCAGGGCUAUGCUCCCAUUCCAAGCAAGUGAGAAAGCACCACAGGGCUGGCAGCGUGGGUCUCUGGAAAAGGCUGUGAAGCACCUUCUGCAGCAGGAGCAGAGGGAGUGACCUCAGUAUGUACUGCACACCUGGGCAGGGGAGCCUGUGGGAUGCUCACCUCUAAACCCUUUCUUCCCCCAGAGCACCCAUCCACAUCCCCAUUCCCAGCAGAGUUAAAGAGGCAUUACAAGAACUUCAGCCUGCCCUAACUUAUUUAGUCAAAGAUGGCUCAAACAAAUCCCUUCCAAGGCCUGAAAGAUGGCAGCUUGGCCAAUCCUGACUGACAUGCUCAAGAUGCCAAGCCAUAAAGUUGUUAAGAACCACACCAAAGCCCAGGUUUUGCACUUUUCAGGACAAACAUAUUCAUGCUGUGUCACUAAGAGCCCAGUUUCAAAUUCUUUGUCAGAAUUCAGUGCUGCCUCACAGGAACAGGGACUUGAGGGCCCUUACAGGGACUCCAAACCCCACUGUCAGUAGCAGCAAAGGUGCUCCAAUUUGGCACCUGGGCCAGCAGCCUAGGGACACCACAAAGGAACUAAGACAUGACAGCAUCAUGGUCACCUUCGGUUGGGGAGAGGCGUCACUCUCCCUUGCAGUUGUUCUUCCAAGAGACUUUCAGUGAUUUGCAUUAGACAAAAAAAGAAAAACACUGAAGAGAAGUCAUCACUGUUGUUUCUCCCCCUCUCCCUCCUCAUUAUUACAAACUCUGGAGUUUGUAAUAAUUUUUGUAUUUUCCCUAUUGACUACCAGCUGACACAACACCUGGUCAGAGGGGUUUCCUGCAAGAUGACGAGGUUUGAAACUUGAGAUACUGAUCUGAUUUGUUUCUGUCACUUGCAACUUACUGUAUUCUGCUUUCACAUCAAGGUCCAAAAGAAAUGCUAUUCAGAAUUAUCAGAAACAGUGCAUAUGCUUUGCCAUUGAUUUUAAUGCAGCCAGGAAUCUAAUGAAAAGCUCACUUGUCACACCAUGGAGCUCUAGCAGAGCAGUGGCACAGCUAAAUUUUGAAGAUACUGGGAUGCGACAGAGUGGAAUUGGCUCAUGCUCAGUUCAAGCCAGAACACUUUAUUACCAUUGCAGUCAGAGCACAGUCUCUGCAGCCCCCAUGACCUCAGCACUGGCUGCAUUAUGCUGAGAGAAAAAAAUUGCUCUCAGCAUCAGCUAUCUCCAGAAAGAGCCAUGAAAUCUAGCUUUCCAAAAGGAUUAGCAGAUUAGCAGUGGGCAGCACAGAAAACCCCACUAAAUCAUUCACUCUUGAAGACCUCUGUUUCCCACAUUUCCUGAGUCAAAACCUCGGGUGUCUUGGGGGAAUCCAUCCCUCUCCCCCUGCCUCUCCCUUUAUGGCUGCUGGAGUACAGGCUAUAUUGUUUAUCCUCUUACUCAUAAGAUGCUUGACAAUAUCUUGUGAAAUCAAAUUGGAAGGAAAAAUAGAGGCUGCUUUUCAGGAGAAAAGAUACUUAAAACACUCAUUUAAAUAAUAAUGGGUGAAGUUCAAAGGAACCAUAUGUAGAUAAACAGAAAAUAGCUGUCAUAUGCACUGUUAACAGUAUUAUACUCUGAAACUAAUUAAGCUGCUAAACAUUUCUCAAGAUGCAAGGUGGUUUCUUUUGUAUAGUUUUCACUGAGCUGUAUCUGCUCAUCCUUCAACACAGCAGUGGGAGAGGCAACUACAAGAAAUCUGAUCAAACAAGUGGGCAGUUAUUCCAUUAAAAGCACUUGUGGCUUGUGGACCAUCAUUUCUUGGUGUCUGACUGCGACUCAUCACUCAUUCCCCUACAGAACCCACUGUGCCAAACACUUCCCCACACAGCACCACACAGUAUCAUUUCAUCUCUAGCAUUUACCCAUGCAUGUGAUGCAUCCUGAAAAAAAACAAGAAUUCCACUUUCAAAAUGGAUAAAGGUUAAGAUGUCUGCAGGAUGCUGCCUUCCCUCCACACAAAGCACACAGGCUUCCACUGGACCUUAGCACCAGGUUCAAGGAGCACAAUGGAGCAAGAUUUUAUGCACUGGAGCUAAGAUUUCUUGCAAGUAGCUCUGUGCCCUGUGAGAGUUCACUCUCAGUAAAGAGAAAAAAAAAAUGUGUCUGGUUUCCCACCUCUGUCAGAAGACUGAGUGUAUUUCAGGGAGAGGGUUUACAUGUCCUCCAGAGUUUGCACAAAGCUUCCUGGGUCUCUAUUCCUGCUGCAGCUGCCCUCCCCUUUGCUGUUUGCUGCCCACCCAUCGGUUUAGAUUUCUUCCAACACCCAGAGAACUGGAUCUGAAGCAGCUGACCCACUCUCCCACUUCAGCUUUCUCAGAAAACAGUUCCUGAAGCAGCUGUGAACAUGAUAUCCAGCUCAGGUGGAUGGUUUACUAACAACAAGCAGUUAGACACACCUCGUUAUGCUGUACCCAUUUCUUUGCCUUUCCUCCCUGCCAGAUGCUUUAUUGGUGUCCUUUUCUCUUGAGGAUGGCAUAUCCCUUACAAAGAGCUUGGGGACUCAAAAAUAUAUUUGUUUUAGUGAUGCAGUCACACUUGUUAACACAUGACUGUACCACCCAGAAACACCCACCUCAUCCAAAUGCGCUUUUGGCAGUCACUGUCUUCAGCUGGUGCCUGAUUGUUCUCGGUGCUGGGGAGGUGCACGGAAAUAGCUCUGUGCCAAAUUAUUUUCUCCAGUAGUUACAAACUCAGCACAUUAUUUCUAGGCAAGUACACAUUACUACUCGACCUCUGCACGUCAGAUUCCCCUCGCAGAAGAGAAACACAAAUUCACUGCUGUAGCUGCUGAAAAAAAAAAAAAACAACAAAAGAACAAAAAAGGGCUUUUCGGAAGUCUGCACACCAAAGAGUAAGUCCUGCAAGAAAAUGAGAGGAAACCCUUGUAGCAGCCCUGUAAAGAUUAACAAUCCUAACACUUGUGCCAGUUCUACUAUAGGGGCAGUACUACCAACAGCAGAACUGCUAAAAAUUACCAGCAAGAUGUUGAUAUCUCCUCCUCUGUGAAAUGCUGAAAUUAACUAAACCAAGUAAUUUUUUUCAGAUUUGCCAUUGUCUUCUGGAGAGCCAGGAUCAAAUUUCUUAUUUUGCUCCUCCACCAGGAAAGCUAAACCUCCAAGAGAAACAUUUUUUAUUUUUUUUAUUUAGUCUUUCUAACCAUUAUAAAGACACUCAAAAAAGCUAAAUCUUUUAUGGUACUGAUCUUGGCUAAGAGGAAAGAUUACAGAGAACAGAACAAACAGAAGUCAGCAGCAAGGGCUGUGAACAGCCAAGGUUACCAGCGAAAUUCCAAACAGACUUUCUGGUGUUGAAUCUCCCACACUUAAUGGACAUCAGUGACUGAAAGCAACUUUGUAUCCUCACUUUCUAUCCUAAAUUACUUAAGUAUGAGUUUCAUAAAUUUCAGUUGUUUACUUCACAUUCAAAUGAGUUACUUCUUAAGUAAGAACUCUGCAACUCAGGAAAAUUUCAGAAGGGAAUAUUUUCAGGCAAGGAAAAAGUACUGUGUUUCAUUAGUCAGAGUACAUUAGUACAAUUAUGAAUUUAAAAUUCUGUUUGGGGCAGUGUAAAGUCAAAGAUGCUGCUAAUUGAAUGCUAUUGCUUUUUAUCCACUAAUAGCUCAAACCAAUUGUAUCUACUCUUGUUUAUAAUAUAAUACUAUUAUAUAUAUAUAUUAUAUAUAAGCCUAAAAUUAUUUAAAAUAUAGUUUUGAAGGUAUUCACUGCUAUGCACCAGAUGGGAAGUACUAAUAAAAAUUAGACUCUCUUUCCACUUUAAA